AUGUCUAUACCAAUAAUCACAUGCCUCCUCAUCAUAUCCCUGACCCUUUUCUCUCCGCCGAUCGGCGCCGACGACUCGCUGACAGCGUACGAGGUUUUGCAGAAGUACGACUUCCCGGUGGGUCUUCUUCCAAAAGCAGUAACCAGCUAUGAACUGGACACUUCCACCGGAGAAUUCACUGUUUACUUGAACGAAACUUGCAGUUUCACUAUUGAUGGUUACAAUCUGAAGUACAAGACGAAAAUCACAGGGACUAUAUCGAAGGACAAGAUUACGGAUCUGAAAGGGAUUCAAGUGAAAGUACUGUUCUUUUGGCUGAAUAUUGUGGAGGUUACUCGAGAUGGCGAUGAAUUGGAAUUCUCAGUUGGGAUCGUUUCUGCUGAUUUCCCGAUUGAUAAUUUUGAGGAGAGCCCACAGUGUGGUUGUGGAUUGGACUGUGCGAAUGGGAAUGGAUUUGAAGGGGAAAAGGCUACGGAGUUCAGCUUCAAGAGACUCGUGUUCUCUUCUUUGAAUCAGAUGUAA